UCGUCGGAAAUGGCAAUAGUUGACGAUGACCGCCACAAGAAGUGGCGGAUUUUCCGGCUGUGGCAAAGUCAGUCACACCAAAACGGCGUCGUUAGCCGCUCGUUCAUUGCGAGAUUGCUCUUCCCUGGACGGCGGAAGCUCAGUCUCGAUCCUUCCAACAAACUCUACUUCCCAUAUGAACCGGGAAAGCAGGGCCGAAGCGCUGUCCGGAUCAACAAUUCUAGUAACUCUCACGUUGCCUUCAAGUUUCAAACUACUGCACCAAAGAGUAGUUAUAUGAGACCACCUGGAGGCAUCCUUGCUCCUGGAGAAAGCCUAAUAGCUACUGUAUUCAAGUUCAUGGAGCUUCCUCAAAGCAAUCAGAAGCGCAAGGCUAAGUUCAAAAUCAUCAGUCUUAAGGUGAAACAAGGAACCGACUAUGUGCCUGAGCUGUUUGAUGAGCAAAGGGAUGACGUGGUGGUUGAGCGCGUGCUGCAGGUUGUUUACCUAGAUCCCGAGCGCCCUAAUCCGGCGCUUGAGAAGCUGGAGCGCCAGCUGGCUGAGGCCGAUGCUGCAAUAGAAACCCGGAAAAAGCCCCGAGCAAAUGCAGGUCCGAAGAUGAUAGCCGAAGGCCUUGUUUUAGAUGAAUGGAGAGAACGAAGGGAAAAAUAUCUCGCUAGGCAGCGCGUUCAGGCGGUGGAUUCGGCGUGAUUUUUGGUGGUUUUCAUUUGAUUUCCGAUCGUCUUUUGAUGGUGCACGGCUGUAGUGUAUGGUUAAAUUGAAAUCAAAUAUAUGCAGUUUUUCUC